AUGCACCGAAUUUGCCACUCUUCACUGAACCAAAACACUCUUCCAUAUACUAGAGUGAAGAUGCUUGCUUUGCUUGCACAAAUAUUGCUGCUAGUGCUCGCAGCUCAGAGCAGUGCCCUUUCAUUUGCCACCGUUUCCAGUGAUCAUCCUAGAGAUCAAGCUCCUGGCAAUGCAGAACAUGCCACUGCUCGUGAAUCUAUACUCUCGAAAAAGGGAAUAGACUAUGGCCAGUCACCGCCAACGUAUAAGUAUGCCCCUCCCUCCGGUGGCUAUUCCCCACCCUCUCGUGGGUGUCUGCCUCCUCAAAGUCCACCAACUAUCCGAUAUCAGCCACCAUCUCAAAGUUAUCCACCAUCAACUCCAGGCCAUCCACCAUCCUCUCACGGUUAUUCACCACCUAUUCAUAGGCAUCCUCCUCCAAGCCAAUACCCACUACCCACUCAACGUGGUCCACCACAUAGCCAAUACCCUCCACCAACUAGAGGUCAUCCACCACCUAGUCGGUAUCCUCCACCCACUCAGGGUCAACCACCACCUACUCAAGCCCACGCACCACCACAAAGGUACCGCCACCAUCUAGAUACCCUAUACCUCCACCUACUCAAGGUCAUCCACUCCAAGGCAUAUCCAUCCGCUACUCCGAGGUAUCCUCCACCUUCACGAACUCCUCCUAGGUAUCCACCACCAUCUCAGUACCCUCCACCUUCAGGUGGCUAUUCACCCCCAUACUUAUCCACCACCAUACCAUAA